CUUCUCGUUUUCAGUUACAAUGUUGCUUAAUUUCUGAUACUUAUGUGGCCUCGUAAGGUUGCAAUUGCAAAAAAAAAAAAAAUUGAUGCUUGACAUAGAGAGUAGGUUUAGUUUCUUCUUCAAGCUGUAAUGACCUUUGGAUUUGAGUAAAAAAAAAAACAGAUAAUUCUGAAUCCUUUUUGAAGUAACACUCUGCUCUCAUUCAUUCAUUCAUGCAUGACUUGUGUGUGAUUUAUAAUAUUUUCUGGGAGGGAACAUGAGUCUGUGUAGCGACGGAUUAUCCAGCGAUCCCUACUUCUUGGUAGAUUUCAUCAUGAGCAAUUAUCUAGGUCCUGAUGUCUUUUCCGAUAUCCCAAGAUGCUCUGCUUCUCAAAGAUUAUCCAAACGCUUGCCUCCUUACACCCCCAAGCACAUUGGCUCUUCCUCUCUAACUCUUUCUCAGCUACAGAACUUGUACUAUUACCUACUCAGACACGCCGACUCCACUCUCCUCCUUCAUCCCGAUAUGGUUCUCAUGUAUCUCAAGGGUUAUCUCCCUAUGGAACCUAGCGGAGAGCUUCACCAGUUCACUCAUUAUUUCCCCACCAGCCUUCACCCUCAGAAAAGGUAUUCCCCGAGUCUCGAGAUUGUGAAAGGUAUUCUUGUUAUUGAUGAUCCAGAGUCUCUAGCGUUUAUAAGCAAGGAAGAUCUCCAGAGAUUCAGAUGCUUGUCACGUUUGGAUGACCUUAGAAUCGACCCUGUCCUGUCUCUGUCUCCUCCUCGACCUGUGAAGCUGCUUGAUGAAAGCCCAGGAACCGAGCAGGACUGUUUAAGUAAUGGGAAUGUGACUUCAGAUGGAGUGAUCACUAACCAAGAACUUGAAGACACUAGCAAAAGAAAGAAAGUGGAGGAAGCAGUUGCUGGUGAUGUGUAUGAAAAAAACUCAGAAUCAAUUUCAGAAGACAUACCACAAAGAAAGGAGAAGGAGAACGAAAAAGAAUGUUCAAGAAAAGAGGAAGAGAUGUCUAAUGGACUUGUCACUAACUCAUCUGCAGAGCCUCUAGAAACAUGCAAGAGAAAGAAAGCUGAAGAAGAAGAAGAAGCAGUUCCUGCUGCUCAUGCUUCUUGUGGAAUAAUCAGUAAGACCCCAGAAAAAUUUCGAGAGACUUACAAGAGAAGACGGUUCAAGAACUCAUCAACAAACAAGAAUGGCGAAACUCUUUUGAAAACAGACAAAACAGAUCAACCCACUUGUGAUGCAGAACCGGCGGUGGUUGUAACAAGUACAGGAACAGCCAGUAAAGGAACAUCAAUUGGUGCUGUCGACAUUGGUGUCAACAAAAUUGCUUACUUUUUUCAGGUGGCUCUGCCCGGUGUCAGCAAAGAGAACGGUCAAUUCAGCUGUGAGAUUGCAUCAGAUGGGAAGGUUAUACUGGAGGGAUCAACCACGACAGGACAGAAGACAAUAGAGAGGUUUUCUCGUGUUUACAAAAUGAAAAGCGGGAACCUAUGCCCGCCUGGACCCUUCAAGCUGUCCUUUAGCCUCCCAGGACCAGUUGAUCCUCGGUUUGUCUCUCCUAUCUUCAGAUCAGAUGGUAUCUUCGAGGCCGUAGUCAUCAGACAGAAACACUCUACCUGAACCAGAGGUUCCUUCAAGCUAAGUUAACACUAGGAUCUCUGUAAAUCUUUUUUGCUAAAUGGGUUAUAGAAGCUAAGGCACACCAAUCAAACAGUAUCUACUGACAUUAUGUCUCAAUUUUUUUGGACAUGAAGCUGUUGCUUUUGAUCCCAUGAUGUUUUCAUGUUAAUCUCACCGAAGCACUAGGGUUUGUUACUAGUUAAAUCUGUUAAUAAACCGUAACCAAUUUAGAGGCUA